AUGGUAGAGCAGAUUACCAACGAGAAUCUUCAGAUUCUCUUGACGAAGCUGAUGACAGAUCGCUUUUGCUCGCAAGAGGCCAGUGACCUCGACGCGUGUAUUCAGAACUUCGUGCCGCAGCACAUAGAUGGCAGCUACGUGGAUCAGAGUCUCCAGCGGCGAGGGAUCAAGCGAUGCAAACCGUAUCAGGAGGUCGCGCGUAGGUGUCUAGAAGAUGACAAGAAACAAACAGCCAUCUUCCGCGCAGCCGCGAUGGCGCCAACGUGCAAGAACGAGCAGCGGGCGCUGCAGCGCUGCCAGCGUGCGAAGGGGCGCGAUUGCGAGGCCGAGGCGCUAGAGACGGUGUACUGCGGUAUGGUCUACCUUGUGCAGCGGCAAAAGGAGCGCCAGGGUAGCUCUGUGGCGCCGCGCUUGGUAGAGUAG